AUGGAAAACGAAGAAAGGCCACAACCAGAAGCUCAGUACCAAAGAGAACUUGAAGGAGUUCGGAAUGAUGUGGCACACCUAACCAGUAUGUUAGAGCAAAUGUUGAGAGCCAGAGAUGGAGAGGGAACGUCUACUCAACCUGAUGAAGCACCAGCAGCAGCUCAAAUUCCUGUCGCACCUAUAAACGUGGGGGCAAAUACACCAAAUAAGCAGCAUCCUAAUCCCAUUCGGCCCAUCCAAAUCCCUAUUACAAUGGAUUUAACAAACGAGGACCCACAUGACGUCAAACUCUCUAAUCAUGAAGGGUAUGAUAAGUGGACUGCACUAGAAGAGAGGCUAAGGGCAGUUGAAGGAAAUGAUUUAUUUGACCAAGUUAGGGCUGCUGAAGUAUGUUUGGUGCCUAACAUUGUUAUUCCAAAGAAGUUUAGAGUGCCAGAGUUUGUUAAGUAUACCGGGAUGGAAUGCCCAAAGACCCAUCUCCGUUCUUACUAUAACAAAAUGGCAGAAGUUAUCCACGAUGAUAAAAUGUUAAUUUACUUCUUCCAGGAUAGCCUGACAGGAUCGGCCCUUAGUUGGUAUAUGAGGCUGGACAAUAUUAGGAUCAAGAAGUGGACAGACUUGGCAGAUGCUUUCUUAAAGCAAUACAAGUUUAAUCUUGAGAUUGCUCCUGAUAGGACCAGUCUAAUUACCAUGGAGAAAGGAAAUCAAGAGUCUGUAAGGGUUUAUGCUCAAAGGUGGCGUGACCAAGCUAUCAAUGUACAACCUCCACUAAUAGAGACGGAGAUGGUGACACUGUUUGCUAAUACUUUUAGGGCUCCAUACUAUGAACACCUUAUGGGUAGUUCAGCACAACAUUUCUAUGAUGUGGUGCGGAUUGCUGAGAGGAUUGAACAAGGAAUCCGAAGUGGGAGAAUUGCAGAACCUAUAGAGAAGAGAGGUUUCAUUGGGAAAAAGAAAGAAAAUGAGGUGAAUAACCUAGAAGGUGGAUACAAAGGGAGAAGCAAAAACUACCAAACACCUACCACCCAAGUCACCAGUAUCAAUUUUGCCAAACCCUCCAUCCCAAACCAACCCAAUCAAACAAAAUUCCCAGCAAAUAACCAAAGCAAUUACCAAAGAAGGGACAACCGACCAUCGGAAGAACAAUUACCACCUUUACCAAUAACCUUAAAAGAGUUGUAUGCCAAGCUGUUGAGUAUUGGGCAGAUAGCUCCCCUACCCGUACCACCUAUGCAACCACCUUUCCCUGCAUGGUACAACCCCGAGGUGACUUGUGAAUACCAUGCUGGUCACGCAGGUCAUAGCAUUGAGGCUUGCUUUGCUUUUAAAAGGAAGGUGUUGCAACUGAUCAAAGUUGGAUGGGUCACUUUCGAGGAUUCACCUAAUGUGAAUUCAAACCCUCUACCCAAACAUGCUGUAGGUGGUAGUGGAGUGAAUACUAUGGAGGUCGGUAGCAAAGAGAAGGUGCUAAGAGUGACCAUGGCAAGGCUGUAUGAAAUGUUGGUACAGUCUGGACAUUUGGAGAAACCAUCUGAACAUUGCAUAAGGGAAGAUGAUUUUUGCCCAUUCCAUAAAAAGAAAGGCCAUCACAUUGAUGAAUGCAUUGAGUUUCAUCAAAAGGUUGCGAGAAUGCUGACUUUAGGAGAGCUAAGGAUUGAGGCUGCAAGAGAUAACGAAGAGAUCAAGAUGAUAGAGAAUCAGGGGAAAUGUAGAAUCCAAUCAACAGCUAAUGGGCUAUCGAGAUUGGUAUUAACUAAACCCCCGAUGGCAAACAAAGCAAACUAUGGAGCGAUGCCUAGAGAUUAUGGUUAUACCUCGAUUAUUGAAACUCCUUUGCCACUGUUCCGAACUGAGAUAAGUGGACUAACUCGGAGUGGUCGUUGUUUCACACCUGAAGAACUAGAGAAACAAAGAAAGGCUAAGGGCAAGGAGGUGUUGGACCUCGAUAAAGAGUUUGAGGUGAAUAAACCUGUGACUGAGGAAGAAACAAAUGAGUUUUUGAAAUUGAUGAAGCAUAGUGAGUACUGUAUAGUGGAUCAGUUGAAGAAGACCCCUGCCAAGAUCUCCAUCAUGUCAUUAAUACUCAGUUCCGAGCCGCAUCGUAAUGCUUUGCAAAAAGUACUAAAUGAGGCCUACGUACCCCAAGAUAUUGAACAAAAGACUAUGGAGCAUCUAGUAGGGAGGAUCCAUGCUGCCAAUUACUUAUAUUUCACGGAAGAUGAACUUGACGCUGAAGGAACUGGACAUAACAAGCCCUUAUAUGUCACAGUCCGAUGCAAAGAUUGUCUCAUUGGUAAAGUUCUCAUCGAUAACGGCUCAGCCCUUAAUGUGUUACCAAGGCAUAUGCUGGAUGAAAUGCCAGUGGAUCCCUCACACAUGCAACCCAGUGUGAUGACGGCUAGAGCGUACGAUGGCUCACCAAGGCAAGUGAUAGGGACAAUUGAGGUCGAACUAGCUGUGGGUCCACAAGUCUUUCUAGUAACCCUUCAAGUGAUGGAUAUCCACCCUUCCUAUAGUAUGUUGUUAGGAAGGCCAUGGAUACAUUCUGCGGGAGCUGUCACCUCCUCGCUGCAUCAAUGUUUGAAGUACAUUGCCAAUGGCGUUCUGGUUACUGUUAAGGCUGAGGAGACUAUAUCAAUGGUAAGAAAUGUGGCGGUUCCAUUCAUUGAAGCCGAAGAUUGUAAGGAUGGAAACCUUCAUGCAUUUGAAGUUGUGAAUACCGAGUGGGUACCCGAGAACACUGUGGUGAGAAAACCAGAACUCUCGGAGGCCACCAAAAUGGCCGCUAAAAGCUUUUUGAAGCACAAGAUUCCUUGCCCAUAUGUCAUCAAGAAAGGAAAACUUGAAUGGAUUGAUAUAAUCAAGCUGAAAGCUGCAGAACAGAGGUUUGGGCUUGGAUAUAAGCCCAAGAAAGAGGAUUACAAGCGAGCUGCUGGUGCAAGAAGGGAGAAAAGAAUGGCUAGGAUUGAAGGAAGGAAGCCUGAAGAAGAAAGCCUAGUCAUCCCUCCAAUCAGGACUUCUUUUCCAAAGGCCGCAUAUGUGAUGCAACCUGAUAAGGGACACGGAAACCUCUUUCAGAAGUUUUUUUCAAUGAACAUAAACACUCUGGAGGAAGACCAAGUCAAGAACAUUGCUGAGAAAAUUGAAUCUGGAAGAAAGGAUGAAGAGCUGCCACAAUUAACCAUCCACAUUUUGGAAGAAGUCACCGACAGGACUUUCAUUCGAAAGCUAGCCGAAGGAGAGAAGUUCCAGAAUUGGGAGACCCAAGAAGCUCCAUUGGUUUUCAAAAUGAACCCUGAAAGCGGAUCCUCCACAACAACACCUGCACUUUACAUUGAGAAUGAAUGGCCAAACUUUAAAGAAUACAUAGUAGCUAGAGAGCUGAAAAUAGGGACUUUGAUCACUCCGGAAGAGAAGGAAGAGUUGAUUGCACUGCUCCGAGAUUACGUAGAUGUCUUUGCCUGGUCCUACGAAGAUAUGCCUGGUUUGGAUACGGACAUCGUAGUACAUAAGAUACCACUGGUGGAAGGAUGCAAGCCGGUUAAGCAGAAGUUAAGGAGAACUCAUCCGGAGAUCUUAAUCAAAGUAAAAGCAGAAAUUGAAAAGCAAUGGAACGCUGGUUUUUUGGAAGUAGUCAAGUAUCCACAGUGGGUGUCAAACAUAGUGGUGGUACCCAAAAAGGAAGGGAUAGAAGUAGAUCCCGACAAAGUAAAGGCUAUUCAAUCUAUGCCACCUCCCAAGACUGAGAAAGAUGUGAGAGGUUUCUUAGGAAGGUUGAAUUACAUUGCUCGGUUUAUAUCUCAAUUAACCACGACUUGUGAUCCGAUCUUUCGUUUGUUAAGGAAGAAGAAUCUUGGAAUGUGGAAUAAGAGUGUGAAGAAGCUUUCGAGAAAAUCAAGCAGUACCUACUAA